UCGUGCUUAUUGUUAUCUGUCGUUUGUUUGUUUGUUUUUAAGCAAUAUUAGCUGUAUUCAGCUGGCGUGUUCACUUCUUAUUAUGCAUUCACUAUGCCUGGCAAAGAGUCCAAACGCAAGGCGGAUGCUGCUAAGCGCAGCAAUCGUCCAGCUCCGCCUAUUCGUAUCGGGAUUCCAAGGCACAGCAACGAUGAUGUUAAUUUUUCGGGAACUGGCUUUCGUCAUCGAGUUCGUCGUUGGCCGACCAGUGUGAUUUCUAACAAAGCUCACAAGUUGGUCCUUCCAGAUGAGAUUCCUGACAAGAAAUUCGUCCUACUUGUUGGGGACUCCCACUUGAGGUCCGUGGCAGAUGGCAUAGUCCCUAUGCCGGUUGGCGGCCUUGCUUUUGGUGUGAUGUCCACUCCAGGAGCUUGUGCAGAUCUUCUGCGCCUUGAGGUUUCACAGGCUGUGUUACCUCGGGAGCCUGAUGCUGUUUGCGUCAUGGCUCCUUCUAACAACCUUACGGCCAGCAGAACAGUUGAAGAGGCAGGGGAUGCAUUUGAGCGGUACCUUUUGGCUGUUCUCAGUCGCUGGCCUAAGGUUUUCUGUACCUCCAUGAUUCCCCGUUUAGUUGGAUCCUGGGAGCGUCAAGACCUGUUUCAGCAGGAGUACCACCGCAGAUCGGCUAAGCUAGGUGUAAGUUAUGUGCCGAUCCACGAUCACCUACCCAGGUACCGUCUUAAACUGUGGUGCCGUGAUGGUAUCCACCUCAGUGAUAAUCACGGGAUGCCUAUACUCACGCAACUGAUGUGGAAUGCCUCCUAUCAGUUCUUGGAGACACACGCACCAAAGCCACUGGUGCAGCACCAGGUGUCUCGUCCGCAGAAAGCGAGUAUUGUGCCCCGUGUGGUUGUGAAGGGUGUGGAACGCAUUCCACCUCCACGCCCUUCCGAAUGGACGUUUGUGAGACCUAGCGGGAAGAGGAACCAUUCAGGGGAAUUUGAAAAGACUUCUAAUCCCCCCAAGAAACGAGUGGUUGUUUCUAAGGCUGAUGACACUUCAGUGGCCUUGAAGGAGUGUUUCAUCCCCCUGAAUCCCGUUAGGUUCUCACCUUCAAUUCUGGCUGCCAUGGACACGAUUGCUCCAGCGGAUGGUCCCACAGACAUACAGACUACAUCUGUGCGACAUUUUAAGAAAGCAGCUAGGCGUGUCCAGCAGGAGGUUGCAUCCACACCUUGCAUAAAUCCUCUUGCAGACGUGGAGUCUGUUCGGUCUAGGAAGGAGGUGUUGGACUGUGACCAGCUGCCUUCACCCCACCACCAGGAGGCAUCUGGUUGUCCUGGGUCUGUCUCUGGGUCUGUUGCUGCCCAUGCUGUGAUGCUUCCUUCUGGCCAUCACGCGCAUGCAUCACCCAGAGGUCAGUCUGCUAACACCCCUUCUUGCGUGCGUUCACAGGUUUUGCUGUCGUCUCUAGUUCCAGAGACAACUGUUCAAAAUCCUGUUGUAAAUAAUUUUGAUAAAGAUAAAACAAUUUUACACAACGAUGAUACAAUUUUAGACUCUGUCCUAGGAUCAUUUCAUCAGGGCGAUGGGCGUUUUAAAUAUGGGGGAGUUCAGUGUGCAGCUAUUACUGUUGUUGCUUUAACAAAGCACAAACAGAAGAGUGUUUUCUCUUGGGAUUUUGCCGUGUUGGAUAACGUUGUUGAGUUAGGAGAUGAGCUGUACACAGAUUUGCGCGACAACAAGAAGAUUAGAGGUGGACAUGAGUUUCUCUCAGUUCCAGACUUGCCAAAGGAAAUUGACAUGGAAGAACAGAGUUUUAAGCUUGUUUACGGGGAUUUCGUUUUAGGAGAUGUAGAUGUAGCUGAAGGCGAGUUAAUAGAUGCUGGUGUGUACACUCCUCUCCUGGAUGGAUUGAAGAUGUGCACACAG